GCGCAGCUACCUGCAUACGCCAACUGGUUCCCUCAGCCACAGGUGUUCAGUAUGCUAACCGGCUUCAUAGAUGGAAUUCUCUGUUGUUUAUCGGGGAAGUCUGCGAACAUUGUGGUCCCUGUUAGAACAUCAGAUCCUGCAGAACGUUUCGAGUUUGUAGAGGUAAAGCCUGGUAGAGUGAUGCGUAUUUGUCAUAUCAACCCUCAGCGAGCUGAGACAGAGGAACCAGAGACGGGCGACGUGGCUACUGUGAGCUGUAAAAGGAAGAUCACUAUGUAUCACAGCGGACAGAUAUUCAUUGAGGCAACUCAUCCAGAACGUGUGGCCUGCGAAAAUGGAGAGGGCGCCGUGGAGCUGCACAGCAACAACACCGAACCAGGACAGGUGGUAGAGUCCAGCAUGGCAGUAGCACAUGAACAGCCACAGCGUAAAUGGUGCAAGCCCAAGCGUACCGUGAUGAUCGAUUGCGAGCGCAAGAUCACUCGGUGCAAAGAGACACACCCUGAUGUGGCCUUGUUCUUCAUUCAUGGAGUAGGAGGCUCUAUAGAUAUUUGGGAGAGCCAGCUGGAUUAUUUCUCUCAGCUGGGUUAUGAGGUGAUUGCGCCUGACCUGGCUGGACAUGGAGCGAGCGCUGCACCUCAGAUCACAGCUGCGUACACGUUUUAUGCCCUUGCUGAUGAUGUAAGGCUCAUAUUCAUGAGAUACGCAAAACGGAGGAAUAUUCUCAUUGGGCAUUCGUAUGGUGUGUCUUUCUGCACCUUUCUGGCUCAUGAGUAUCCAGAUCAGGUUCAUAAAGUGGUGAUGAUUAACGGUGGAGGACCUACAGCCCUGGAACCCAGCCUCUGUUCAGUCUUCAAUCUGCCAACAUGUGUACUCCACUCGUUGUCUCCAUGCCUAUCAUGGAGCUUCCUGAUGGCUGGUUUUGCUCAUCAGGGCACAAAGGAAAAGAAACUUCUGAAAGAGAAAAAAGCCUUCAACGUAUCAUCUUUCGUGCUGCGUGCAAUGAUGAACGGGCAGUACUGGCCAGAGGGUGAUGAAGUGUACCAUGCUGAACUCACUGUGCCAGUCCUCCUGGUACACGGCAUGUAUGACAGGUUUGUGCCAUUACAAGAGGACCAGCGCAUGGCAGAGAUACUGCUUCUGGGCUUCCUGAAAGUCAUUGAAGAUGGAAGCCAUAUGGUGAUGAUGGAGUGCCCCGAUACAGUUAAUACGUUGUUGCAUGAAUUUUUUCUCUGGCAGCCCACAACCGCCUUCAAACCCAAACAGGAAACAGCAAUUACAAAUGCUAGCAAAAGCAGCACCUACAGCGAAAUGUCAAGGUUGACAACUGAGACUGCAACCCUAGAGCAAGACUCGAUAACUCUACCAAAGACUAUAAAAUGUACAUGAUUACACAAUGACGAGAAAGAUCUACUAGAUUUGGCAUGUUAAGAGAGCCAAUCAGAGGUAUUCAAUA